AUGUCACACUCACACCCGGUACGGCGAAUUCUGUCGCCCAAAGAUCUGGAAAUAUUUGGCGCCAGUGACACAAAAAAGCAAGUGUUUGGGUUCGUGAAGGUGCUCAACUACUAUGUGGUGGGCAAGGGCAACUCAUACGAGACGCUGAAGCACCCAAUCAUUGGCAAAUUGGUGGCCAUUCUCGACAAGGUGAUUGAUCUUGUCGCCAAGUAUCCGCCUGAAGAUGCUACGUCGUCACGGUUCGGAAAACCUGAGUUCAGAGAUUUCCAUCAGGCUCUGGAGGAGAACGCCAAGGACUGGAUCUCGGAUUUGGGAGAGUUGGAGGACUGGCAGCUCGUGGAGCUCUGUACAUAUUUCGCUGCCUCUUUUGGUGACCGAACGCGAAUUGAUUUCGGAUCUGGCCACGAGCUCAACUUUAUCUGUUUCCUCUUCUGUCUGAGGCAGCUGGGUCUGCUUGAUGUGCCAGAGUACAAUCCUGAGGUGCACGAUCCAACAGGAGAGGCCAAGAAUGCCAAGUGUGUGGAAGAUGAGACUGAUUCCUCUGCAGCAGUUUUGACGGUGUUUGUCCAGUAUCUUAAGACCAUGCGUGCUGUUCAAGCAAGCUAUUGGCUGGAGCCUGCAGGCUCUCAUGGUGUCUGGGGUCUCGAUGACUACCACUUCCUACCCUUCAUGUUUGGAUCUGCCCAGCUUGCAUGCCACAAGUACCUGCGGCCGUUAUCCAUCCACGACAUGGAGAUGUUGGAUAUGUGGAAGCAUGAGUAUCUGUACAUGGGUUGCAUCCACUUCAUCAACAGUGUCAAGACCACUGCUUCUCUGAGAUGGCAUUCCCCCAUGCUGGAUGACAUCUCCGGAGUCAAGACCUGGGCCAAGGUGAACCAGGGUAUGGUUAAGAUGUACGACGCUGAGGUUCUGAGCAAGCUCCCCAUUCUCCAGCAUUUCAUGUUCGGUCAGCUGAUCAAGGCUCCUGAGGGGGUGUCACCUCCUCCUGAUCCCAAUGCUGAAGUGCAGCACAUUCACAACCAUUGGGCUGACUGUUGUGGAAUCAAGGUGCCCAGUGCCAUUGCAGCCUCUGAGAUGAGCCAGAAACCUGGAGAUCUGCGCAAACUGCGUGGUUCCGGUGUUUUGCCUUUUGAUUAG